AUGCCUGCUCAAUCAACGCUAUCCAACGAUGAGAAGACGAAAGUCAAGGCUGCCGUUAAUUCCCCGGCCAACAAGAUCCUCACAGCGGCGCUCGCUCGCAUAUAUUACGCUCACCCGAACCCUAAUGAGUGGUCGUAUACUGGGCUCCAGGGUGCGCUUGCCUUCGUGAGGGACCAGCAGGGCGUGUACAACCUCAAGCUCGUGGAUCUCACCGGCACACGCGGUAUCAUCUGGGAACAUGAGCUCUAUGAGGGGUUCGAGUACUUUCAGGAUAGGCCGUUCUUCCAUUCUUUCGCUGGAGACGAAUGCAUGAUAGGUAUCGUGUUCUCCGAUGAGAGCGAGGCCAAAACGUUUUACAAGAAGGUGACGACGAGAAAGAGUGGGACAGUCAAAUCUAAGUCUGGUACGACCAAGAAGAAGGGGUCGAAACCGGGCAAGGGCAAAAUCGACAAGUCGAUGAUCUCCGGCCCCACCGCGGGUUCAUUCAAGCAUGUUGCGCACAUGGGCUACGACUCGGAGAAGGGGUUCACUUCCACAAACGUGGAUCCUUCAUGGGAGGCAUUCUUAUCGAACCUCGAAGGGCAAGGCGUGUCUCGCGAAGUGCUAGAGCAGAACAUGGACUUCAUAAAGGACUUCGUGCGUGACGCGCAGAAAUCAGAGGCAAAGAAUGCCGCUGCUCCCGGCUCUGCGAAGAAGAAGCCGCCUCCACCACCUGCUCCUCGACGCACAGCCCACGCCCCGGAGCCGUCGCCCCCUUCGCCUCCGCCUGCGCCUCCAUCC